UCGCAGCAAAGCUCUCGAAUCGCAUACGGAAAUUAGCAUAAAGUUGAGAAAUCUCAAGUUUAAAAACCAAUUUUUCGAUUUUAUUCAAUAGUAUUUCCAUUAGUUUAGGAGCUUUUCAAUGCUUAACUGAAUCAGAGUGGCUCAAAUGGUCGGCCACCCCCGCAAAAAUCCACAAGGCUAUGCUAAUUGUGCCAAGAACGUGAAAUCGCUAACAAAUCGCGUCCAAAACGCACCGGUUGACGCAAGUCCGACGAAAAUACAUAAAUGCGGAAAAACUAUAUACAACCUAGAAAACUAUAAUAAGUGCGAAUAGCACCGAUUUUGGACCCGCCUAUAGGUCCGGCAAUAACAAAUUUCAUCAGCACACGCGACUUUUGCCGCUAGGUAGUUGCCUUUUGAAAUGUUGCCAAGGCGGAGGAAGUAUUUAUCCGUAUACCGAUCCGAGCACUCGGUCGGUUAGGUGGGUGGUGCUCCCCAAAUGUAUAUAUUUUGCUCUCCGUAAUUUAGCAUCGGCAUAAAUCUCUAGUGUUUUCGAUAGACCCAAUCGCUGUGCUGGCACAACACGUGAUAAUUUAAUAUUAGUAUUUUCGGUUAAUUUAUGGGUUCACUCCGCUUACACAAGCUCUGGCUAUUGCGAUCCUAUUUAGCGCCCAGUUUUGGGGGGCCCGGCAGGUGUAGGGCAUUUGGCAGCCGUUGCAUCAUCAUCAGCGAACUGCCAUGCCACCGGAAUCAGACAGCUCUGCCGCAGAAACCGCAUCAGCGACAAAAGUCGCGAAAAUUGCAAUUGCUUCCGUGCGGCCUACAUGGACAGUGUACCGCCUACGUGGAUGGAUCCGCCAUAUCCUAUGGCACAGGCAAUGAGCUGGAGCCGGCUGCAUCCUCCUCGUCCGAAUGCAAGCCCACCCUGCGGGAGUUCAAUGUGCGAUUGGAGACGCCGCUGGCACCGGAGGAGCGACUUGGACUCACCGGCGAUGUGAAGGCCUUGGGCGAAUGGCAGCUGUCCCGGUGCGUGCCCCUGGAGUCCCUGGACGAUCUCAACUGGCAGGCCACAGUGCCCCUGCAGGCGUGCCGCCGUCUGGAUUACCGCUACUUUGUCUACGUGGAGGAUCUGUCCGGCUACAAGCAAAUCCGUCGCUGGGAGACCCACUUCAAGCCCCGCUCCUUGGGGCCCUGCUCCGAGCUGCAGUGCAGCCAACUGGACGUAUUUGGCAUCACAGCGGAUAACAUAGAUCUGAAGCCGCAAGUGCAUCGCGGCUGGCUGAACCAUGAGGUCAUCCUUCAGCUCAAGUUUAAUGGCGAGAAGAUGUUCCAAGUGCACGACAUCGAGACCUUUGACCCGCAGCAUGUCCAGCUGAAGAUUGUGCCCGUGGAGAAGACCGCCGGCCUCCUGGUAGAGUACACCAAGCAGGAGUACGGCAAGAGCCAGCUGGAGGAGCAGCCAGUGUUCGGGGUGCCCUACACCAAGAACGACAUCAUCAUCUUUCACAUCACCUUGCCGCUGGAGAGGAUUAUGCAGCAGCACUUCCGCCUGGACUGCUACAGCAUGACCAAUGAGCUCCUGGGCAGCGCUAACCUGGUCAGCUCCGAGUUCCAGGGCAGCGAGGGACUGCUCCACCUGCCCAUCAAGUCAGCCCAGGAUGCCAGUGAGACUUUGGCCCGCCUCCGGCUGCCCUAUGUCGUGGUCCAGCCCUACCGCUACUCCCCCCUGGACUUCAAGACCACCUACGCCCACUACUGGCCCCGCAGCUGGCCCAAUCUCGACGUGGGCCAUCGCGGCAACGGCAAGAGCUAUAUUGCCGAUGCCCCAGCCGAGAGGGAGAACACCAUCGCCUCCUUCCUUAGUGCCCAUGAACACCACGCUGACAUGAUCGAGUUGGACGUCCACAUGACCGCCGACGGAGUGCCGGUUAUUUACCACGAUUUCGGUCUGCGAACUGCUCCUCCGGGCAAGCAAAUCAGACGGCCGGAGCAACUGGAGUACGUUCUGAUCAAGGAUAUCAACUAUGGCCUGCUGAAGCGCCUGCGCAUCUUCUCCGUGAUUGCCGGCAAAGUGGUGGAGUAUCCCUCGCACAACUCAGAGACCCGGCCGGAGCACAGGAUCUUCCCUACCCUGGUGGAGGUGCUGGAGCAGUUGCCCAAGUCCCUGGGCAUCGACGUGGAGAUUAAGUGGCCCCAGCGGCGCCAAGGAGGUGGCUCGGAAGCCGAGCAGACAAUCGAUAAGAACUUCUUUGCCGACAAGGUGCUUCACCAGGUGAUCCAGUAUGGCUGCGGACGACCCUUGAUCUUCUCCAGCUUCGAUGCGGAUAUGUGCACGAUGCUGAGGUUCAAGCAGAACAUCUUCCCUGUGAUGUUCCUCACCCAGGGUGAGACCAAGAAGUGGCAGCCCUUCCUGGACCUCCGGACACGCACCUUCCUGGCGGCCGUCAACAAUGCCCAGGCCUUUGAGUUGGCCGGAACGGCGCCGCAUGCCGAGGACUUCCUGGGAGAGAACGCCCCCGCGAUGCUACAGAAGGCCAAGGAUCUGGGACAGAUUGCGGUGAUCUGGGGCGACGACUGCAACACCAAGGAGCGCGUGCAGUACUUCACCCGGAUCGGUGCCACCGCCACCUGCUACGACCGCAGUGAUCUCAACAUGCCGGAGGGCAAGAAGGAGGCCUUCUUCAAAUCACCUUCCCUGUUGGCCGAGUUUGCGGCCCAAUGCCGGAUCUAAAAACUACACAGAGGGAAAACACGGGCGGGUAUAUGUAAGCCAUGGUUUAAUCAUUAAGAUUUUGUAAAGUUAGUUCGUAUAUUUAUUUAAACACAAACCGGGAAAAGAAAACAAAUGUGAGAGCCGCAAAUAAUUUGUGGUUUCAACGGAAACCAAGCCAUAAAUAAAUCAUCUGUAAACACGUUAAGCCAUCAUUUGGCAUAAUUACAAAUGCAGAAAAAAAAACUGGAAAAAAAAAUUUAAAUUAAAUAGAAAAGCAAGAAAUUUUAAGGAAUUCCCCCAAAUACAAAAUUAAGUAGCACCACAAAAGACAAUGGGAAGAAAGCGAAGCAAAGAGAUGAGAAUUACAAAAACACAUACACCUACAUUACCUGCUAAUAAUAUUUCUGUACCUCGAUGAAAAAGAAAUUUCUAACAAGCUAUUGUUGAUACAAUCUUAA